CCUGUUCUCUCUUUCUCCUGCACGCUUCUCUUACCUGCUGCUGCUACUGCGUAAUACUACUGCUGCUAGCUUAUUUGUGACAAUACAAUUAAUUCACCAUGGACGAUAUUGCCCCCGAAUAUGAUGUCGUGGUACUGGGCACUGGUUUGACGGAGUGUGUGCUGUCUGGCGUUCUCUCCGUCAAGGGAAACAAAGUACUUCACAUUGAUCGCAAUGAUCACUACGGAGGCGAAGCUGCUUCCGUGAACCUCGAGACUCUUUUCAAGAAAUAUGGCAACGUCCGCCCCGGAGAAGAGCCCUGGACAAAGUAUGGACGGGUUAACGACUGGAACGUGGACCUGGUCCCCAAGCUGUUGAUGGCUAACGGCGAGUUGACAAACAUUUUGGUUUCCACCGAUGUGACAAGAUAUCUGGAGUUCAAGCAAAUUGCCGGUAGCUACGUUCAGCAGGGCAAGGGACCUAAAGCGACGGUGGCAAAGGUGCCUUCGGAUGCUGGCGAAGCUCUACGCUCAUCCCUCAUGGGCAUGUUCGAGAAGCGGAGAGCUAAGAAAUUUCUCGAAUGGGUGGGUGAAUUCAAGGAGGAGGAUCCGUCCACUCACCAAGGUUUGGACAUCCACGCAUGCACCAUGAAGGAUGUCUAUGACAAGUUCUCCCUCGAGGAUAACACUCGUGACUUUGUUGGUCACUCAAUGGCCCUGUACCAGUCCGAUGAAUACAUCACCACCGCCGGGAUGGCCCCCGACGCUAUCAACCGCAUCCGUCUAUAUGUGAACUCGAUGGCGCGGUAUGGAAAAUCGCCUUACAUCUAUCCCCUCUAUGGCCUGGGCGAACUUCCUCAAGGAUUCGCCCGUCUCUCCGCUAUCUACGGAGGCACAUACAUGCUUAACACAAAUGUGGACGAGGUGCUUUACGACGAGAGCGGCAAGGUCUCUGGAAUCAAGGCCACCAUGGAUAAUGGCGACACUAUGAAGUUUGAAACUAAAACAAAGAAGAUCCUCGCAGACCCAUCCUACUUCCCUGACAAGGCCAGGGUUACGGGCUAUCUCCUGAAGGCUAUCUGUAUCCUGAAGCACCCUAUUGACAAGACUGAUGGCAGUGACUCCCUGCAGCUGAUCAUUCCCCAGUCCCAGGUUGGAAGGAAGAGCGACAUCUACAUCGCUAUGGUCUCGUCGGCGCAUAACGUCUGCCCCAAGGGGUACUACAUUGCUAUUGUCUCUACUAUUGCUGAGACCGACGUCAACCAUCACAUGGAGCUUGAGCCAGGAUUUGAGCGCUUGGGUCAGAUUGAGGAGAAGUUCUUCCCAGCUCCUAUUCCGCUCUACGAGCCUCUUGAGGACGGUACUAAGGACAACAUCUUUAUCUCUAAGAGCUAUGAUGCCACAUCUCACUUUGAGACCACAACCGAUGAUGUCCGCGAUAUCUACCGACGUGCGGCUGGCGAGGAGCUUGUAGUCGAGGGCCUCCGGGAAGGCCAGACACUUGCAGAAGAGUAGAGUGCUUUAAACGUCGCAUUUGAGGGUUUUAGUAAUGUAUUGUCGCUUUGGAUGCCGUGAAUUGAGCCAUAAUAUUGUUUGGACUUUUUUUUUUUUUUCGCCCCGUCAAUCGUACCGAGUUGGAAUCCGCACGCUCGUUUUAGCUUCUUGGACAUGCAUCAUUAUUACUAGUAGAAGCCGGUUAUCUGAUGCCGCCGGCCCCUUCCUACAAAAAGG